CUUUGGCCUGCCAGCGUCCCAGUUCCGCGUCUCUCUUUCUCGUGCUUCCCCCUUCUUCUCCCACUCUUUCACUGGUCUUCUUGUUCGUCCAGAAACGAAGGGAAUUGCGAAUUGCGAAAGCAUUUUCGAACAAAAUACAUUUCUAAUCAGAACGCAAAGCCAAUUUGCGGACAAUGGGUGCAGCUCUCCUCGAGCUCGAGCAAGUCCUCAGAUCCCAAAAGUAAUCAUGAUCAUGUGAGACAAAAUUUCCGGAGUUUUCUUGUGUUCCGGAAGCGAUUGGAGUACUUGACUGCACCAGAAGCACAAUUACUCCAAGUGUGCAAGAGCAGUGCUAUUAGGGCAUUCACCUUUGGUGCAUUUCUUGGAGGUUCUACUGCCUGGGCAGUGACUUGGAGGCUGAGUAGGGUGUUACGUGUAAACAUCUCCGGUGGAGCUGCUGCUUUCCUGGGAUUUUGGAGAUUUGGCCAUUCCCUAGAGUCAUGUGUUGAUCAUAUUCUUUCAAAGGAUGGGAGUCGGUUACAGAGAGAGUUGGCAAAUCUAAUGGUGAAGAAUCACUCUCAUAUUCCCUGGGCCAAGCAGCUUCUAUGCAAACGAUUCUACAUGGAGACUGUUUAUAAUGACACAGGGUCGGGCGAAGCCAUGCUGAGGUGGCGUCACAGGAAUUACUCUGGCGACAGUGAACAAAAGACAGGCAACAGUGAUCACCACAAGGAUUCUGAGGACAGAAAUGCGAAUGACCAAGAUCACCACAAUCAUUCGUUGAAGGAAACAGAUACUAUUAAGAAGGUUGAUAAUUCGAAGCCAAAGCAAGUUACUGUUACUCCAACAACUUCUCAGCAAGCUCAUAUAGCAGAAGACCCUAUCAGUAGCAUUUUUGGUGGCGUAGCACCACCAGUGGAGGAGAUCCAUCACCCGGCUACUCCUCCAGGCAGUGGACCUAGAGCAACCCACCGUAGUCACAGACAAUCUCACCGCCGUAAUAGGCGUAGAAUGCGCCUUCAUCGAGAAUCUACCUUGUGACUUGGAGAGUAUGUAGUAACAUACAUCACUGUCCAGCAUCAUGAUCAUCAUCGUGUCAGGAGAUGCUACUGCACAUCCUUGAAGCAGUUCGCUGGCAAUGAAAGGACACAUAAAUAAUGUCCCGUAGUGACUUUCUUUUGAGGAUGGAGGUCCCCUCUUGUGGGCAAAACCAUAUUUGUGCAAUGUAUAUGACUAUAUGGAUGACCAAAUCAGGACCGUGAAACAGUUUUCCUGACUGAUAUGGGGAAUCUUUGUUUUCACUUUUCUUUUUCUCCAAAUAAGUGUCAGCAGUUCAUAGUGUAAAGCGUUUUUAUUAUUGAUUUCCCAUUUUUCACUUUUCUUCUGGUUUUGGUCUUUUCGUAGGUGAAUCAUAUAUGGUUCUUCUAUCUACAUAUGAUCAGCUAUCAAUUUCAGUUGUUUGAG